GGCGCCAGCCGCCUCCGAAGUGCUGGGGGGAGCCUCCGAGUUCCUGAAAGAUCGGUUGUAUUUUGCUACUUUACGAAACAAACCCAAAAGUACAGUAAAUACGCACUACUUCUGUACUGAUGAGGAGCUGGUCUAUGAAAAGGAACGGCGAUCGGAAGAUCUCGCGAUGGCACGGAAAGAGGAAGGAAGAGGAAGGAUAUGACGUAGAGAUAGCAGUGUGCUUGUAGGUAUAUAAGCAAAUACAUGCGUACAAUAAACGCCAUUUGCAGCAUCCUCAUAUUGGUGUCAGUGCUCAUUGGCCCGGAGGCUGGGGGAGCCUCCGUGCCGUCUCAGGCGAACGGGAGAGUGUCGCAUCAGAAGGCGACAAGUGGUGACCCCGACGUGAUAGCUGAGACGGCGGACCGCAGGCGGUCGAGAGGAUCCGGAUCAUGGACGCGGUAGUUAAGGUUAUACGCGUGGGUGCCCGGGAAUGGGGGCUCUCUAUGAGAGCGAAUGCAGUUGCGAACUGCGUCGGGCGGCUCCUGAAAGAUGGAGCGAUAGUUAGACCAGGGGACAUUUUUUCCCCUUCUAACUGGGAGAAGUGCACUCGUGCACUUGCUCAGAGAGCUAUGGCCACUAAGAAGGCCGCAGAGCUUAAGACGUGGGGAGAUAUAACGAUCAUUUUAGAAAGGACUAGGGAGGAGCUUGAGACCUGGCAGGCUGCCCGCGCGGCGCUACACAUGUCCGCGGAAAUGGCAACACAGACAGCAGCGAACGCAGAGGAGCGAACGGAGGCGAUAGAGGGAGAGACGAUAGUAGGGGAUGAAGUGAAAACGGAGAGUGUGGAAACAGACAUAAAGGAGGAGGCGGUUAAUCAAGAUCCAGAGCGGGGAGAGGGGGAGGCAAAAACUCCAGAGGCUUACCCAGUAACGCCCUCUUCUCCGCCUCCGCCGCGGUAUCCGUGGAAAGAGAUGAGGACGAUGGAAGGGGGAGAACUAGGAGAACCAGGAGACCUUUGUGGAGACCGAGAUAUGAAAAAGCCAGAGGCGGGUAGAGGAAAAGAAAGCAAGGUGAAAGUGAAGGAGGCAGAAGAAAAGGAAAGACUGCUUAUAGUGGAUGAUCCCCGAGACUGGCUACCGGGGGCCAUGAUUCGGGUGCAGUGGGAGAACGAAAGAAGAGAAGAAGCAGGGGAAAGACCAGAAGCAGGGGAAAAACCGAGGGUCCCGCACCCGGGAAAAAAUGGCGCUGGCCGAGAGAGGAGUGGGCGUCGACCAGCAUUGCGGAAGGAGGAGACUGAAGACUCAGGUGCAGCAACUAGGGCGGAGUUCCCCCGCCGCAGUCAGAGGCGAAGGAGAAAGAAAAAAAAAAAAAAAAAAAAAAAAAAAAAAAAAAAAAGAGGAGGAAAGUCACAAGAGAUAUGGAGCAGAUGUUUAUGCUGCUUACAGCUCUGGAAGAAGAAACAGCUAAACAAAGAGGGCUAUCAGAGGCAAUAGCUAAACAAAGAGGGCUAUUAGAGGCAACAGCUAAACAAAGAGGGCUAUCAGAGGCAGCAGCUAAACAAAGAGGGCCAUCAGAGACAGCAGGUUUCACCCAAGCGGGAGGGGGAAAAGAAAUUCCCCUAACAGACUGGAAACUGAUAGCGACGGAAUGUGCCCUGAGUGGCCUCAAGUUUCGUGCGCCAAUAGGGGCCUUCCCAGUACGAAUUGCCCCGGGGGGGGGGGCAGUGGAAUGGAUGCCCCUCGAUCCAAAGACGGUACAACAGCUAUUGAAAGCAGUGCAAGAACAGGGCCUGCGACACCCGGUGACACAGACGUUGCUGGACGCUGCACACGCGGGAGGCCUAAUACCGUGGGAUUGUCGCGCCCUCGCGCGACUGGUUUUAUCACCCACGAUGGUCCUUAUGUGGAAAGAAGCGUGGACCUCGCGCCUGCGGCAGGCGUUGAUGGCCGCACAGGCAGACCCGCAGAACCCACUGGGCCAAUCCACCCUACCGCGGUUAAGAGGAAAUGAUGCGGCCAUGGCUACACCCCAGCAGCAGGCAGCGGGCCUGACACCUCGGGAGAUACUGGUGACAACAGAAGCAUCUCGAAAGGCCUUUGAUGAUAUUGGGCCACUGGUGCAGCAGGCAGAGCCAUGGAUGACUGUGAAGCAGAGAGUGGGAGAGCCGUUUGACAAGUUUUGUGACAGGCUACAGGCAGCAGUAGAACUUGCAUCUUUACCAGACGCUGCAAAAGGAGCGGUGAUGUUGGAAUGUAUCAAACAACAGGGUUGCCACUACCAUCAGCAAUACCAAAGAAUUGGCCAGUUGUGGUGAUGGAUAUCCAAGAUUGCUUUUUCUCUAUACCAUUAGCCCCUCAGGACAAAGCUCGAUUUGCCUUCACACUGCCCUCAGAGAAUCUGCAGGAGCCAGCAGCACGAUAUCAAUGGACAGUCCUCCCGCAGGGUAUGAAAAAUUCGCCUACGAUUUGUCAGGCGGCAGUAGCUAAGGUAUUGCAGCCGGUAAGAGCGCAGUUCCCACGCGCGCUUAUCAUCCAUUACAUGGACGACCUCCUAAUAGCUGCAGAGACCCAGCAAGAAACCGAUCAGGCAGAACAGGCAGUAAUUAACUGCCUAAAUGAAGCGGGAUUGUACGUCCAGAAAGCGAAGACACAAAGGGGAGAAUCUGUCGACUAUCUGGGAACCACCAUCCUCCCCAGAGCUGUGGUCCCACAGCCGAUAAAGCUCAAUAAAGAGAUACGAACGUUGCAUGAUGUACAACAAUUGGUUGGAGCUCUCCAAUGGCUGCGAGGGCUGAUAGGUAUUCCCAAGGAGUGGAUGGAGCCACUGUUCGAGUUGCUCAAGGGCCACAAACCCUGGGAACCGAGGCAGAUGACACCGAACGCGUUAGAAGCCCUCCGAAAAAUAGAAGAUCUCAUGGCAAAGGGCGGAGUAACGAGAUACGACCCGGCCAGACCAAUCAAUCUGUACGUGGCAGUUACAAGAACAGGAGCCAUAGGCGUUCUAGGACAAGGGACACCGGAGCGUCCGGAAGUCGUAUGGUGGAUAGUGUCAAACCAAAUAAGUACGGCAUACGUCACAAUCGUAACAGCGUUGGCACAGAUGAUACAGAAGGGACGAACCGCCACCGUUCGGCACUUCGCGAAGGAGCCUGAGUCCAUUUACCUGCCGGUAAAAAGGAGUCAAUGGGACAGCGUGGUCCAGAAACAAGAUAGUAUAGCAAUAGCUUUAGAAGGAUUCCCAGGAACAAUCAGAUUAUCACCUGUGCUGGAGAUGUAUACACACCUCACCGUCCUUCGGCCCCAUCUGAAAGCCCGAGUGCUACAGCGACCUGCACCAGGGCGCACAGUGUUCACCGACGCGUCAUCGGUGACCAGGGCAGCGGUUGUUGUGUGGCAAGAUCAAAAGGCCCAAUGGCACCGAGUGAAGAUCAGCGAGCCGGACAGUAGCGUACAGCAUUUAGAGGCCCGAGCUGUGGCGCAGGCAUUGCAAAUGUGGCCAGAAGAGCAUUUGAAUGUAGUGACAGACUCCAUGUUCGUCUUUAAAUUGUUACACAACAUGUCAUUACCCGGAUGGGCCGGAUCGCCCAUUGCGCUAAUGCUAGAAGAAGCCCUACAACAACGGCGGGCCACUGCCUCUGUUAUUCAUGUUCGGAGUCAUGAGGCAAUCCAAGGAGUGUACCAAGAAGGCAACAAUAAAGCCGAUCAAGCGGCCAAAGGUGUGUGGACAGUCGCAGAAGCAAGGCAGGUGCACGACCUUCUCCAUGUUGGUGCAAAAGCACUGGCAAAAAGCUGCAACAUCCCCCUCACCACGGCUCGUGAAGUGGUUGCGGCUUGCCCAUAUUGCCAAAAAACCCCCCUGUGGGGCGCCGGCAUCAACCCCAGGGGGCUGAAAGGAAACCAAAUAUGGCAAACGGACUUCACAAUGUGCCAGCGACUUCGACCACGGCCCUGGCUGGCUGUCACAGUAGACACACACAGCGGUAUCAUCGUUGCGACCCAACAUAAACGAGUCACAGCGCGGGCGGCACAGUUGCAUUGGCACACGGCAAUGGCCUGGCUGGGUGCCCCAGAAACUAUUAAAACAGACAACGGCACGUGUUUCACAGCGCAAAGCACGAGAGAAUGGGCCGUACGGUGGGGAAUUAAGCUAGUGCACGGUAUUGCCUAUAAUAGCACAGGUCAAGCCAUUGUCGAGCGAGCAAACCGCACUUUAAAGCAAAGGAUCGAGAUUCUUGGGGAGGGGGAAGGAUAUACACAAAGAAUCCCCGCGCACAAACAAUCAGAAAUAAUUAUGCGCGCCUUAUUCGGUCUGAAUCAGUUCAUCAGGGGGGAGGAGAACAAGACGCCAGCGGAAAAGCAUUGGGUGGUCCGAGCGAUGCACGAGGGACCAGACGUAAAGGUUCGAAUCCCGGAAAAAGGGGAAUGGGAAGAGGGGUGGCAGCUGGUAACCCAAGGACGAGGGUAUGCAGCGGUCAGGCAGGGAGAAAUGGUAAGAUGGGUCCCUAUGAAGUGGGUACGCCCAGACCUCAGGGCAAGGACAAGACAGGAAGCAGAGAGUCAGGUGAAUUAAUGAAUGUCUGAGUUUUAUUGCAGGGGAGGACCACCCUGAAAAGCUGAUGAUCCCUUCUAGCAGCAAAGACAGCAGACAGGAGAAGAAGAACAGAUGAGAAAAGGCGCGUGAAACCACAAGAAGAACGCGUAACCAGAAAACCCGAGAAGAUGGCAGGGGGAGCAACCCAAGUAGCUCUCCUCGUAGCGAUGCUGGGACUGGAACUCCAAGGGGUGAAAGGCGAACCAAUGUUAGUGAAAUGGGGUAGUAACAAUCUAUGACUCACCUGGCAAACCGGACAGGAAAUAAGCAAUUUUGCCUGACGUUGGUGGGUGCGGGGCAGCCCUUUUAAGACAUGCUUAAUAGGGGUCCCAUUGAAUUUGACCGUAGACCUACCAAAGCUGAGAGAGCAUUGACACGCUGAAUGCGUCAUUGCCCUGGGACCCGCAAGAGCUUGACCUUCUGGGUUCAGUAGUGGUAAUUGGCUUGGGCUAGGACCAUGGGCCAGGCAAUUACUAAUAGAAGAGUUGCACCUGCUACUGAUGCUCGUGCUAGGUAUAUUAGUAUGUAGACUAGUGUUUAGAUGCUUGGUAAGACAACUGCUAGAAAAGGGGUGGUCCCACCCACACCUACACUAUGAACGCUUAACCCGCGACACGGCAAUUUAAAGCAAAUAGCAUAGUCAAAGCAUGGGGAGGGGGAGAUGUAGGGAACGGCGAUCGGAAGAUCUCGCGAUGGCACGGAAAGAGGAAGGAAGAGGAAGGAUAUGACGUAGAGAUAGCAGUGUGCUUGUAGGUAUAUAAGCAAAUACAUGCGUACAAUAAACGCCAUUUGCAGCAUCCUCA